AGGUUUCAACAAGCAGGAUAAUUUAAUGAAUAGAUACCCGCACACUGUCGAAAACAUAGAAAAAACAUGAUGAUAUCUGGAAUUAUGAAGCACUUCACCUGUACAUCACAGUGAAUAUUCAUGUGAUAUGGGCCUUUAUAUGAUCAUCCUCUCUAUGUUCGCCAUGGAGAUCAGUGUAGAGAAGGACAUGAGAACAGGAGAGAGCCAAGUCGUGUCCAUGGCCACCCUAACCCCUGAAGAGUUCCAACAGAAGGGUGUGAUGGUCUACGAUGAUGGGAAGAAGUCUGUCUAUGCCCUACGCUCGGAGGGACUGGUGACCCAGAAUGGGGUGGGGGUAGGCGAACUGAGUAACGUUGAGGUGGAGGAGCUCCUGCGCCAGGCUGGCGAUGCAAAGGUCCCCACAGAGGUCCAGUACCACAAGCCUGUCUACGCUGCUCCUUACACCAGCAGGCCUUCAACCCCUGCAUGGAAGCCUGAGCAGGGACACGUCAGCCCCGGUCCUGCUGGGCCCAAUGACUAUCGGACCUCCAUUACAACCCCCCAUCCUCAAGCUCUGCCCAGAGAUGGAGCUCAGAGCAAGGAAGAAAUAGCCAGCCCAGCCCCGUCUCACAUUCCAAACCUCUACGCCGACAAGCAUCUAGUGCAGCCUCAAUCACCCCCUCAUCAAGGUUUCAAAACUGGACAGAGCCUCACCAAUGGUAGCAGUGGUAUAGCUCCACACCCAGAUAAAAACAGACUCAGACCAGCUAUCAUCACAGUCCAGAGUUCAGGAGAAAGCCGCACUCCCAUACCGCCGAUAGAGAAUACUGUGACAGAUUGGGACAGGCAGUCACCAAUCUACCCCAACAGUCGUCAGUCUCCAUUCUACCCCAGCAGUCGACAGUCACCAUUUUACACCAGUGACAGUGGUGAGUCCUCCUUCAACAUAAUGAACACCUUGCCACCUGAUCUGGACUCUGAACCAGUGACAAUGAUCUUCAUGGGCUACCAGAACGCAGCAGAAGAGGAAGAUGAGGAGAAUAUCCAAGCCGAGCUGGUCGUCAUCGGAAACGGUGAUGAUGAUGAAGAAGAUGACAACAACGUACCCUCGUACCACCCCGAGGGAUACCAAAGCAAGAUCUUCCAACCCACAGACAAAUGCAACAACAACACAGACUAUACUGCAGAUUACACAAACUCUGAGAGUCUACUACACCGACCCACAUUCACCCACAAACCUGGCAAGCGGAGUUCCGACCCAGACCGACAGCCCCUAGCCAUAGAAGAGCCCAUGAGUGCAGCUUAUAAAGUGAGAAUGUCAAAGCUAGGGGGGAACGUGUAACCGGCAAAGUGAUUGAUUCCCGUCCCUGAAGAAUAAUGAACAGAAAAGAGUGGUCCUAUGGAACAGACCUUUUCUACACACUACUUUGCUCAUCAGAUACAGGACGUAUUCAAAGAGACAGACCACUGACAAGACAGAUGGAUGAUUAGAAUUUAAUUUAUAUUAUCAUGGAAGUGCCAAGAUGGUCUAUGAAUGUGUGAAAUCGAAAAUAUCUGUAUAUCAAUCAUGCAUUUAUGGUAUGUCAAUGUUUAAUUUAUUAGGUGUAGUAUUCAUUCAGCAACAAUAUUUAUUCAAAGACAUUUGCUGUUCAUUUCUAAAAUGGCUGUGGAAGUGUUUUAAUGCCAAAGUGACCUACCUUUUGCUGCUGUCAGUGCUUUUACAAAAUCUACAAUAAGGAAUUGAUUCCUGAACAUAUUAAUGCCAUUGGUAAUAUUGCAUACUAAAUUAGAAAAUAAAAAGUUAUCUGAAUAACCAAAGAAAAUGUAUAACAAA